AUGGUAUCCUCAGUUUCAAUGCGAGGCCCGAAUAUUUUUGCAAUGGCGGACAAGAGAUGGAAGUUGCAGUACAAUGUCCUCAAUGAAGUAUUUUUUGGCGACGACAAAAUAAUAAAAAGAGCUUCAGAAGAGUUUAAAGAGUUUUGGUCAUUUGUUGAAAAGUAUGAAAAUGCUAGAGCAAAAAGGUCUUUGGAUAUAGGGAAAAAGAAAGGAAGCUCUAGUGAAUUUGACAGGUUGAAAAGAUUAAACAUAGCACUGGACUACAAGGAGUUUGUUAAAAGAUACAAGGAAUUCAAGAAGAUACGUCACAUAGAUGAAGAAAAAGACUCCUUGUCAAAAGAAGAAAUUAAAGAAUUUGGAAACAUUAUCUUAUUUUUCAAAGACUUUCAGCAAAAAAGCAAUUUCAGCAAGAUAGCUAAACUAAGAAGAGACCAGGAAAACCUGCCAAUUAGACAAUACAAAGACCAAAUAAUACAUGCUGUGCAAUAUUUUCAAGCUGUGAUAAUAGCAGGGGAUACAGGAUGUGGAAAAUCGACACAGGUACCCCAGUAUUUGAUGUCAGCUGGUUUUCAGAAAAUUGCUUGCACACAGCCAAGAAGGAUAGCAUGCAUUUCUCUUGCAAAAAGGGUUGGAUAUGAAACACUGAAUGAAUAUGGAUCACAAGUUGCAUACCAGGUUCGAUUUGAUGCUAGCAAAACCCAAUUAACAAGAAUCUUGUUUCUUACUGAAGGACUUUUGCUACGUCAGUUGCAGACAGAUCCACAGUUGAAGCAGUAUAGCGUAAUUGUUGUUGAUGAGGUUCAUGAACGACACAUUAAUGGAGACUUUUUGCUUGGCGUUUUACGAUGUUUACUUGAACAGAGAAAGGACUUGAAAUUGGUGCUUAUGUCAGCAACAAUCAACAUAAGCUUAUUUGCUUCCUACUUUGAAGGUGCUCCUGUAGUUCACGUGCCUGGCAGGCUGUUUUCAAUUGAUAUGCAAUAUUUACCACAUUUUCUAGAGGCAAGAGAAAAGAAUGACCGAUCAGAGAGACUGGAUCCUUCGCCAUACCUACGAAUCAUGCAGCUUAUUGACAAUAAGUACCCAUCAUCAGAGCGAGGUGAUUUGCUUAUAUUCAUGAGUGGUAUGGCGGAAAUCGAGGCUGUCGUCGAUGCUGCAUCGGAGUAUGCGCAGAAGACAAAAAGGUGGAUUAUCCUUCCACUCCAUAGUUCCUUGUCAAUUGAGGACCAGGAUAAGGUUUUUGAUAUUGCACCCGAGGGCGUUCGCAAAUGUAUCGUUUCAACAAACAUCGCAGAAACAUCAAUAACAAUCGAUGGGAUAAGAUUCAUUGCAGACUCUGGCAAGGUAAAAGAGAUGAGCUUUGACAACCAGCUGAAAAUGCAAAGACUUCAAGAAUUCUGGAUCAGCCAAGCGAGUGCAGAGCAGCGAAAAGGGCGAGCUGGCCGCACCGGACCUGGUGUCUGUUUUCGUCUAUACUCUCGAGAGGAUUAUUCAGCAUUUGCUGAGUAUUCCACACCAGAAAUCCAACGGGUACCAUUGGAUAACCUCGUUUUACAAAUGGCCAAUCUCGGUCUGAGGGACCCAAUGAAAUUCCCGUUCAUUGAGUCUCCACCAAAGUCAAGUCUAGAGGGUGCAACUUUUUUUUUAAAGCAGCAAAAUGCGCUAAGUGAAGAGGGGUGUCUCACCCCAAUUGGGAAGAUGCUUGCUCAGCUCCCAGUUGACGUCGUUGUUGGGAAAAUGCUUAUAAUGGGGACAUUGUUUGACAUGGUUGAACCUGUGUUGAUUAUUGCAGCAGCUUUGUCUGUUCAGUCGCCGUUUACCAGAAGAAUUGGAGAUGAGUAUCAAGUAGACGUGGACCAUAGACGCUCUGAGUUGCAGUCUGAGCACGGAGAUCCAUUCACCUUGCUUAACGUUUACGACCAGUGGAUUCGCUUGAAAGCAGACAGGCAAUCCAGCACUCGAAAGUGGUGUAAGAGACGAGGCAUCGAAGAAGAGCGACUUUACGAAAUCUCGAAACUGAAGCGACAGUUCGAAAGAUUGCUAUCGGACUAUAAACUAGUUGAAAGAAAAUCAUCGGACAAGAAAAGCGACGAAGAGCUUAAAAAGUUCGCAGGCGAAAAACGAAGGCUUGUUGAUUUGAAACGAGAAUAUCACCAACAAACGCGAAAGCGGAAAGUGCUCAAAUUGUAUGAGAAAAAAGAGGAGGACAGUGAUGAGGAUGAUGAUAAAAUAGAUAUUCAAGCAGUGCAAUUUGAGCUUACACAUAAUCUAAGCAAACUGCAACGUUCUAUAACCAAUCGUGAUUUCUCUUAUUUGGAAGUGAACAUUCUCAAGAUAAUAAUUUGCAGUGGUCUUUAUCCUCAGGUUGCAGUUGCUGAUGAGAGUAACCCAUGGAAAAGGGUUUCAGAUAUGGCAUUUCACAGCAAAGAGAAGCAGUUUCUGAGUCUGCACCCAAGCUCAGUAUAUGCUGCUAAGCCGGAGCUCCUUAUUCAAGAUCAAGCCGAAAUAAAAGGAAAAACAGAAGGGCGUCUUGAAAACAACAAAGAGCUUCUAGCAUUUGUGUCGUUAUUGGAAACAAAUAAGCCGUACAUAGUUAAUUCAAUGCGCACACCAAUGUUACAAACGCUGCUUUUGUUUUCAAGGAAUCUGGACACGAAUUCAGACUUCACUCGUGUUGUCUGUGACGGGUGGAUUGACAUAGGAUUCAAAGACGGCAGCACGGCACAGAGAUUGUUGUCAGACUUGGUUAAGCUGCGAAGUGCCUGGGAGAGGCUCCUUGAAAUCCGUCUCUCCUUGGUUGAAAGACAGGAAAAUCAUUUUGAAAAUGACCAUGUUAUGCGGCUACAGAGAAGUGUCUCUCGCAAACUAGCUGAAUUUAUCGAUUCGAAUAUAAAGUAUACCCAACGCAGAGUACUGUCAUCAGAAUCUGGGUAUCUAUAUGUAGCUUCGUUUGGCAGAGACGAAGACAAGGGUGCUGGGGAAGACCAAAUUGAUGUGGGUGAAACGGAGAGUACGGAAGAGACUGCAAAAGUAAAACUUGAUUUGUUUGGGUAUUCUGACGGUGUGCCACAUCCAACAAAGGGUGGUGUGCGUGUUACGGAAUAUUUGACUUACGCUUGUCUAAGAGAUGACCUCAGCGUUGCGGUGGCGCAAGGGCAGGCUGAAUUCUUACGCGAACAUUACCACUGCGCGACAUGCGGUGCCCAUUUGAUAUGUAACGUGCUUGAAAGACUGAAACACGACAGCGAGUGUCAAUCAAACCAAAACACAAAUGAAGAUACUCAUAGCAUAAAGAAAACAUCAGAUGAGGACAAAGCUUAUACGACUUCUAAGGAUGAAGAAGCGAAAUCUCCUCAAACUGCUGCUAUCGUACCAAAAGCGACUGUGAUACCGAAAACAAAGUACUUGUGCACAGUUUGUGAGAAGGAGUUCGACUUUACUCCAGUUGAGGUAUUAAAGCAUAAACGAUCCCACCGAUAAGAUAUAGGUAACAUGGUAAAUGUUCUUUAGCAAAUAACCAUGUAUCUGGUUCUUCAAUCUAAUGAAAUUCAAAAACGCUUUA